UCAUUUGGCACGUGGUCUAUAUAAGAAUGGGUCGCCUUAAUAUCCGUUUCGUGCCUACUCCGAAGCUAGAGCUCAAGAAGUUAUGGAGCCAGUUGAAGCCAGAUGGUCAGCAGUACGUUCUCAAACGCAUUGGAUUCAUGCUGCCAAUCCUGGACAUAGAUGUUCAGAGCGGGAUCAUGCAGGCACUCGCUCAUUUUUGGUGCCCCGAGACGACCACAUUUGUGUUGGGAGCUGUGUGGUUUCGGGAGGUUGAGGCUCGACUAUACCAUGGCGAUCAGAAGCCCGUACCUUUGAUGGGCAUUUAUGGGGCAACCAGCUAUCAGCCUCUUCGGGUUACACGUCAAUUCCGAGUUCUGCAGGAUGUCCCACCUCAACUCAAGCCCAAUGAAUUUCAAGUCCAAUUCGAGAAGGACGAGUCCUACAGAGUCGAGCUUAGGCGUCAUUCUGAGGCUUGGCAGAAUUGUUCCACUCAGAAGUUGAUUUGGCCCGCGGAUGAGCCCACCGGAAGGAUGAGAAGUCACUUUACCAUGGCCCGGUAUAUUCAACAUCAUACCAUCCUUGCUGAGAUAUUCCCGAAGAUCCCGGUCGUGACAGUACGGCAUACCCUUCAGACUCAAAUCAAAAUCAGUGAAGAAAAGGCGAUGAAGGCCAAGGAUAAGGCAGAUGCUCUGGCUGAAGAGAAUGCACGAUUACUGCGUGCAUUGAAGGCCCAUUCGUCUAUAGAUCACGUGGCCUCUAAAAAGAGGAAGACUAUCUGAUUUCUAGUUUGGUUUAGGGAGUUUUUCUUUCUUUUUAGGAUGGAA